UGUCCUACUCUAUUAUGCAGGAAUGGUCCCAUAGGGUCAGCUGUCUGUGUGUUCACGUUUAAUACCCAAGAGGACAACAACAACAUAGCCACUGUGUACAACGGAGACUAUCUCAAACAUGUUUCUCAACAAUGGGUGACUGAAAGCAACUACCAGCCAUUCACCUGUGAGCCUGGGAGCCGAAGCUUAGAAGAUUCCCGUGAUAUUCAGCUGAUAAAAGAGACGGUCACUUCGUCUAACGGACCACGCCCACUCUUGGCCAGUGAGAAGUACCUGUUUGACAAGAUUGUGGUAUCACAAGUCACAGCUCUCGACAACAGGACUUAUGACAUCGUAUUUGUUGCUGCUCACUCAUCAGAUGAGCUAGUAGUCUUGAAGGCCUCUCUCUCACAAGGCCAAGAAUAUCAUGUGAUCCACACAGGAUAUCGUCAAACCCAGUUGCUUAUUACAGCUGUUCAGAGAGGACACUUGCACAUUUUAAAAUACCUUGCUAUUGAAUGCCAUUGGGAAUGUGUGGAUAAUUUUUAUAAAAAGAUAUCUCUUCUAACAUUUGCUAUUUCUUCUGGUCACUUAAAUGUUGUGCGUUUUCUGAUUUCAGAGACAUGUAACUUAUAUCAUCCUGAGGAUAAAAAGAUUCCUCCACUUCACCUUGCUUGUUCCAGUGGACACAAACACAUCGUUGAAUUUUUAAUAGAUGAACAUGGUGCAGAUCCUUCUCAGAUUGACCAAAAGGGAAGGUCACCACUUCAUUGUGCUAUUUAUUCUGGUCAAUGCGAAAUUGUCAAAUUUCUGGCAAUGAACAGUCACUAUGAUUUUAACAGCAAAGACCAAUCAGGCCGUACCCUAUUGCAUUACGCUCUCCUUGGUAACAAUAAAGAAAUUCCUGCUUUUCUCGUGAAAGAAAUGAAAUGUGGUCCAAAUAUUUUUGAUAACGAGGGAAUGACUCCAAUUUUUUAUGCAAUUUGUUCCUUUGUUCGUAUUACUCGCCUAGACAAGGACAAGACUGAAAGUUUGAACUAUUUCAUUAAAAACUUUGAAUGUGACCCAACAAUACCUUCGAAGGAUGGACAAACUGCUCUUCAUGUUGCAGCAUACGAGGGUGAUUGCGUUGCAGUGGAGUUCUUAAUGCCACUGUUUAAAGAUUUCAAUAAAAGUGUGUUCUCCAACCCUGGACGUACACCUUUUCACAAUGCUUGCUUCAAAAGUCAUUUAGGUGUGACAAAAUUUCUAUCACAAGAGAGUGAGAUAGAUAUUAGUUUGUUUGUUGAUAAGUAUCAGCGAUCUCCUCUACAUUAUGCUGCUAUGAAUGGUCAUUUACAAGUCAUAAAGUUUCUAUUUUUGUCCAAGUCACAUGACCCUCACUGCCAGGAUAUAAGAGGCUAUACACCAUAUCAUAUAGCAACAGAAAGAGGUCACCUACAAGCUGUGAAAUUGUUUUUCUCUGAAUUUAAAUUAGAUCCUAAUGUGCCUGAGACAGCUGGUUUGACAUCUCUCUUAUUAGCAUGCAAGCAUGGCUAUGAAGAAAUGGUGAAAUAUCUCGUUGGCCUUCCUACCUGUAAUAUGAUGUGUACCGAUAAAAAUGGUGGAACAUGUUUACAUCAAGCUGCAAUGAAUGGCCAAUAUAGGAUUGUGAUAAUUUUGUUGGACCAUUGUGAUAUAAUUAUAACUUAUCAAACAUUAGAUGGUUCAACUGCUUUGCAUAAUGCGGUUACUUCGAAUAGUAUAGAUACGGCCAAGUUGUUGGUUUCCACGUUUAAUUCGAAGCAAAUUGAUUUCAAUAUUUCUAACAAACAAGGACAUACACCUCUUGAUGUUGCUUGUAGAAGAGGCAGUUUGGAGAUGGCUGAAUUCUUACUGACUGAAUCUCUGGGUAGAAAGCAAUUUACAGAUUGGUUUGCAUUUACGACACUGCUAAGUGCUGUUGUGGGUAACAAGGUUGAUAUCAUGAACUCUCUACUCCUAAUGUAUCCAAAAGCAUUUUUAACCAAAGUAGACAGAAAACGCUGUGAUAGUGUACUUCAUGAAGCUGCUUUCCAAGGGCAUAUUGAUGCUACAAAACUUCUAAUUGAAAAAUUUAAAAUGGAUCCCAACACUCAGAAUAGUCUUGGUCUAACACCUUUACACACAGCCUGUCUUUGUGGCUAUAUGACCAUCGCUGAAUAUUUAAUUGGUUAUGAUAAUACGUGUUGUGAUAUUAAUGGUAAAUCUGCACUUCAUUAUGCUGCCUCUAUGGGCCAUCUUCAUAUUGUCAAACUUUUAGUCAAAAACAUGAAUUGGUUUUUAUUGGACGCUAAUGGUGCCACACCUUGUCAUUUAGCUGCAUUGAACGGUUUUACAUAUAUUGUGAACUAUUUUAUAGAGGAAGGUCAAGAUCCAUUCAUGAAAGAUAGUAAAGGGCAUGAUAUGUUUUGGUAUAUGAACGUAUCAAAGAUAGAAGGAACUGUUUGCACAAAAGAAUUGGCCCUGCAUCACGCUACAGAAAAUGAGUUGAUUGGUGCUGUCAAAUAUCUCAUUGAAGAAGAGUUGCAUCUAGCCUCGAGACCAGCCGUUCCUUAUCUGAAAGAACGCCUGGUCAAGUUCCAAUGUAGCACUCGUCCAGCUGAGUCAGCGUUUUAUAGCUACUAAUGAUAUUCAUGGGUAAUACACCUUGGGCGGACCUUGUGCGGGCAAUUACCGGUCCAUGAAAUUCCUGGACUGCUGGACAAGUGCUACAUUGGAACUUGACCAGGCGUUCUUUCAGAUAACGAACGGUUGGUCUCGAGGCUAAGUUGCAUCAGCCUAAUUGUCGAGAUUCACUGCAGAGAACCCCUCUUCACUAUGCUGCAAUGACUCCCAAUGGUCUUGCAUUGCCUCACUUAGUUGAUGCUGGCUCCGAUAUAUGCGCUGAAGAUGUAUUUCAAAACCUUCCUAUUCACUAUGCUAUUGCUCUUGGUCGCCACACCUCAGUAAAGUUUUUAAUCGAUAAAGGAAGUUCUUUUACAAAAAGGGGAGUUCUAGGCAUGACCCCACUCGAAAUAGCUACUAUGAUGAACAGUUCAAAGUCUAGGGAACGUUCAGAAAUUUAUCAGACACUAUUGGCUAGUUUAUUAAAACUCGAUAUCUAUAAUAAAAUUAAAUGAAUAAGUUAUGUGGAUAAUAUACACUUGUGCUUAGUGAUUGUGUACCUGUAAUAACUUUUGUUUAGUAGUGUUAUUAGGAUAGGAACUUUAGUUAAGUAUAGUGUUUAUUAGCUAUCUAGAAUUGGCCCUCUUUUCCACCCUCUUUUGUGUCUUAUGGUUACUAUUUUUUUAUAAAGAGGCCCUGCGCGUCUCUGUUCCUAUCCUGUGCUUUGUUGCGUGUUAGUAUAGAUUUUAUUUUUUCUACUAUAUAAAAGUGUGUCUCUCUGUGAUCUCUCAUUAUUCAAAACUCCGUCAAAGUUA